AUGUAAAGCAAAUAAGGUCAUUUAUAUCUAUUGUCUCAUAAGAGUUCUAAAAGUGAAUACAUUAAAAAAACAGUCAAUCACUUAAACUAUUCAAUUCCAUGCAUAAACUGUGAUUCUCUUAUUCCAGCUAUUGAUGUCGAUAAACAUACAUAAUUAUGUCAAGCCCAUUCUCCUAAACACAGUUCUUAAUUUAAAGAUCAAACAGCUAUGGAAGAAACUGAUAUAAAGCUCAAGAAAUUAAGAUAAUCAAUAAUAAUUUAAUGUAAAACAGAAACAAAUAUAUACAAUAAAAAAUAUCUAAUAAGAGCAGAAGAGCUUUGUACUUAAAUACUCAAAUUGUAGAAUUUUGAUGAAAAAGAAUAAAGAAAAAUAUUAGAUAUUUCAGAAGAAAUAAAAAUGAUAACUGAGUCAUAUAAGGGAGUGUUACUUGUUCAAUUAUUUUUGGAAAGAUUACAUUCUUUGACAUUGGUUAAGUAGUAGAAUAUGAAAUCUAUUAUAUAAGAAAAGUACUAAUUGGUAAACAAUUAAUAAAAAAAAAUCAUUCAAGAUCUUAAUAAAUAAUCAUUUAAUAUCUUAAUAAAUAAGGAAGAGUAAAACUAUGUUUAAUAAUGUCUUGGUUAUUAAACUUAAACUAGUGCUAUAAAUCUGAGAUAAAAUGAAAUAUUUCGUAAGACUUAAAUCACUAAAUUCUCAAGGGAAAAUUAAAAUAAAUCUGGAUGUGAAUUAAAAAGUGAAAUUUUAACUAAAAUGUCUAGUUCAUAAUGUGAAGAAGAAGUUCAGGGAAUUGAUGAUACUCAAAAUAAUAAUAAUUAUUAGAGGUUAUUUUAUUCAAAAUGCUUGAACUUGAAGGCUUAAUUAUCUAAUAAUGAUCCUGCUUAAAAAAUUCCAUUGUGUGUGUUAUUUAAAGAAGUUCUCAGUUAAAGGAUUUCAAUUAACUAAUGGAAUUAAUUUAUUUUAUCAGCUUUUGAAAAACCUUCAUAAUAUCUAGAAUUUUAGAAAUCUACUUUGCUUAAUUAAGCAUCCAAAUUUUAAAAUUCAGUUAAAUAAUUUACAAUUAAUAGUAAUUUCAAAGAAAGAUUAAGAAAUCUUAAAAUAGUAUGA